AUGGCACCCAAGCAAGUCGUGAUGACUGCCUCAGCACCGAAGCCCAUAGCAGGUGUCUAUAGUCAAGCUAUUGUCGCCAAAGGCACCGUAUACUACGACUCGUUGAAGGAAACAUCGGAGACCGCACGCAUACUGCAGUGUAUUAAGAAUCUGACCCAUGUGCUCGAAGCCGCCGGUACUUCAAUCGACAACGUGAUCAAAGUGAACGUCUUCAUCACGGAUAUGGAAUAUUUUAGUACCAUGAAUGCAGUCUAUAAACUGUACUGGGGAGAUGAGAAGCCUUCUCGAACUUGCGUGGCGGUCAAAGAACUUCCCCGAGGCACUGAUGUGGAAAUUGAGUGCAUUGCGGUGUUGUCGUGA